ACUGAAGCGCGCAUGCGUCAGUCAACUUGACUCCUGCUCCAGAGCUCGAGUCGUCUGCAAAAAUAUAGAGAAAAAUAUUACAUUUUUAAUCGAAAAAAGGAAUAAAAAUGGGCAAUCUUUUACUCCGAACCUGGGAACAAUCGACGGAUCCGGAGUAUCAACCCAAAUAUGAUGCGCCACCCUCGUUUGACCCUCAUCUUGGGUUUCAAGGAAAGAGGGAAGAAAGAGUAAUGAUUGCCACCGAACAAGAAUUAAGAGCAGCAAAAAUUCCUAAAGAGGAUUGGGACUAUUGUGCUCAUCAUCGUCUUGAUCUUGCUAGAUGCAGAGCUGAUGUAUUCCCAUUUGUUUGGAAAUGCAGAGAUGAAGCUGCUACAGUGAGUCACUGCCUCAAAGAUGAUUGGAUAAUAAGAAUGAAAGAAUAUGAAAGAGAAAGAAGAUUAUUGCAACGAAAAAAAAUUCAAGAUCAAGCAGCUGCUGCUUAAAGUUCUCAUAGACAUAGAUCACUCAAACCUUGAUUUGUUACAAUUUUAGAGAAAAUAAAGGAUGGCUUUUAAUUUAUGCCCAUUAAUGUACAUAUAUAAUUGUUAUUAAAGAAUAAAUUUAUGGAUUAAAAAUUGUU